GCAGAUGAGGCCUUGGAGAUUUCCGUGGAGUCGGAGGAUCCAGUUGGCGAGGCUCAAGCUCUGAUGGCCCUCGCCGAGAUCUACAGCCAAAGAGAAGAUUUGGAAAUGGCCGUCAACAAGGCGAAGGAAAUGCGGCAAAAGGCCAAGGAUAUCGGACACAGGCUUCUGGAAGCCCAGGCCUGUAAGGCCCUAGCAAAUGCCUACCAAAACGCUGAGCCGCCGCGCUACGUCGAAGCUGUGCGGGCGGCGAACGAGGCGGUCUUGCUUGGGAAGAAGGCCACCUACAAGCCUUUGAUCGUGGAGAUGAUGCUAUUGGCCGUCAAGGUGAACACAGCACUCGUCAUGCAGGAUGGUGCGCAGGUCUCUCUCCGAGGAGCCGAAAAGGCCGUGCGGCCAGCACGCGAGGCAGUGACAGUAGCAAAAGCCACGAUGAAGAAGACGCUGAUCAGCACCUGCCUCUACCAACUUGCGGAGGUGCAGCUCAUGUCUUACCAGCUGGGGCCAGCGAUGACAUCAGCAAAGGAGGCGCUAGAGAUGUUCCGGGAGCGUGGAGACAAAGCUGGCGAAGCUGGUGCGGUCAUCCUCAUGGCCGAGACGCAUUAUGCCGGUGGCCGGCACGACAAGGCUGAAGAGACGGUGAAGGAGGGCAUCGAGUUGGCUGCCGCCUGUGGAGAUCAGCGGAAAGAGGCAUACGGCAAGGCGUUGCAGGCGCAGAUCGCACAAAGCAAGGAAGCACAAGCGGCCGCCAAGGCACCAAAGAUGGUGCCUAUGCAAGGCAUGAUGCCGCAGCAGGCGCUCCCCGGUGCGGCGGCGGGCGACGCAGCGCCACAGGCAGCCGUCAGUGUCGAAGCAAAGCAGGUGGGCCUAGAUGCUGCCAUGGUGCAAAGCACCGUCCAGGAAAUGGCUCGCCAAGCCAUCGGCGUGGACGACGAGUUGUUCUUGGACAGCGCCCUCAUGGAUUCCGGUAUGGACUCCCUCACGGCCGUCUCCUUCAGGAAUGGCUUGCAACAGCAGCUCGGUGUGAAGUUACCCUCCUCGCUGAUGUUCGACUACCCGACCAUGAAG